AUGCUCAUUCCUGUGUCUGAUCCUAAUGUUUUUUCUAUAUUUAAGCUUGUUUCUGUAUUCAAUCCUGUGUUUUUUCCUAUAUCUAAGCUCGUUCCUGUGUCUGAUCCUAUCUUUUUUCCAUAUCUCAUUUCUGUGUCUGAUCCUAUCUUUCUUUUCAUAUAUUUAAGCUCAUUUCUGUUUGCUAUCCUAUCUUUCUUUUCUGCAUCUCAGCUCUUUCCUAUGUCUGAUCAUAUUGUUCCUUUUUACAACUCUGAUUGUUUCUAUGUCUCUUCAUAUCUUUUUGACUAUCUCAACUCAUUCCAAUCGUUCAUUCUAUCUUUUCUUUUUUCUUUCAUUUCCUGCGAUUCUAUCUUUUCUUUUUUUUCUAUCAUUCUAUCUUUUCAUUUUUUCUUUAUUUCCUUUCUUUUUUUUAUUUUUCUAUCAUUUUUCGAUUUUCUUUUCUUUUUUCUAUCAUUCUAUCUUUUUUUUUUUUCUUUCAUUUCCUGCGAUUCUAUCUUUUCUUUUUUCUAUCAUUUCCUGCGAUUCUAUCUUUUCUUUUUUCUAUCAUUUCCUGCGAUUCUAUCUUUUCUUUUUUCUAUCAUUCUAUCUUUUCAUUUUUCUUUCAUUUCCUGCGAUUCUAUCUUUUCUUUUUUCUUUCAUUUCCUGCGAUUCUAUCUUUUCUUAUCUCCCUUUCUAGCGUUCAUUCUAUCUUUUCUUUUUUCUUUCAUUUCCUGCGAUUCUAUCUUUUCUUUUUUCUAUCAUUCUAUCUUUUCAUUUUUCUUUCAUUUCCUGCGAUUCUAUCUUUUCUUUUUUCUAUCAUUCUAUCUUUUCAUUUUUCUUUCAUUUCCUGCGAUUCUAUCUUUUCUUUUUUCUAUCAUUUCCUGCGAUUCUAUCUUUUCUUUUUUCUAUCAUUUCCUGCGAUUCUAUCUUUUCUUUUUUCUAUCAUUCUAUCUUUUCAUUUUUCUUUCAUUUCCUGCGAUUCUAUCUUUUCUUUUUUUCUUUCAUUCUAUUCUAUUUUUUUUUCUCAUUUCUAGCCGUUCAUUCUAUCUUUUCUUUUUCUUUCAUUUCCUGCGAUUCUAUCUUUUUUUUUUUCUAUCAUUCUAUCUUUUCAUUUUUCUUUCAUUUCCUGCGAUUCUAUCUUUUCUUUUUUCUAUCAUUUCCUGCGAUUCUAUCUUUUCUUUUUUCUAUCAUUUCCCGAUUCUAUCUUUUUUUUUCUAUCAUUUUUUCUAUCUUUUUUUUUUUUCAUUUCCUGCGAUUCUAUCUUUUCUUUUUCUAUCAUUCUAUCUUUUCAUUUUUCUUUCAUUUCCUCAUUCUAUCUUUUCUUUUUCUUUCAUUUCCUGCGAUUCUAUCUUUCUUUUCUUUUCUAGCGUUCAUUCUAUCUUUUCAUUUUUCUUUCAUUUCCUGCGAUUCUAUCUUUUCUUAUCUCCCUUUCUUUUUCAUUCUAUUUCUUUUUCUUUCAUUUCCUGCGAUUCUAUCUUUUUUUUUUCUAUCAUUCUAUCUUUUCUUUUUUUCUUUCAUUUCCUGCGAUUCUAUCUUUUCUUUUUUCUAUUUUCCUUUCUCUAUCUUUUUUUUUUUUCUAUCAUUCUUUUUUUCAUUUUCUUUCAUUUCCUUCAUUCUAUCUUUUCAUUUUUCUUUCAUUUCCUGCGAUUCUAUCUUUUCUUAUCUCCCUUUCUAGCGUUCAUUCUAUCUUUUCUUUUUUCUUUCAUUUCCUGUGAUUCUAUCUUUUCUUUUUUCUAUCAUUCUAUCUUUUCUUUUUUCUUUCAUUUCCUGCGAUUCUAUCUUUUCUUUUUUCUAUCAUUUCCUGCGAUUCUAUCUUUUCUUUUUUCUAUCAUUCUAUCUUUUCUUUUUUCUUUCAUUUUCUUUCAUUCUAUGUGA